CCGCGUAGGUUCCUUCGUCAUUCCUCGUCAACACGUCGAAGCGCGCGCCACGCGGUCCUCCCCGAAACGGAAGCGAAAGUUCUCAACGGUUCGACCACUAGUGAUCGUCCGAAAAACAAGUUACUUGUCAACGGGUAAACGGGGCCUUCGUGUAGUAUCAACUGCGAAUAAGCAUCUUCCGCGGUUUUGAGUUCAAGCACAGUGCCUCCGUCAGCGGUUCGAAAGUGCAAAAAUAAACAAUUCUUUCAUUCGAGUGUGAGUGUUUAUGCUGCAUUGGUUGUUUUUUUUUGUGUGGAAGAAAGAACAAAUAUUGACGGGUUGGUCCCGUAGCCGACUUUUUGAGACGUUCAUUCCCAUCUGAAAAAGUAUUGCCCGAAAAUUAAACAAAAGUGUGGUGGCAGAGAAAAAGUGAAAUUAGUGUAUGCAUUCCAAUUGUUACCUCAUUAUGUGUGAUUUACGCUUAUUAUGAAAGUUGUUUGAACGACACGUCAUAAUUUUGGACGUCCUCUCAAAAGUUUGACGCAGAGUAGAAUAGGGAAUUGAAUGCAAAUACAGUUCACCUAACCAAGCUGCCAUGUCAAACGCCAACGAAAGCAUACCUUUCUACGAUGUGUUUGGAUAUUACGAAUGGACCCUCACACUGGCCGACCCGCGGACAAAAGGAUGGCUUUUCGUGGAUUCUCCGGUCCCAACGCUACUCUGUGUGUGUGCCUAUCUGUGCAUCGUCUGGGCCGGCCCAAAACUUAUGCGCGACCGGAAACCGUUCGACCUCAACACGAUACUUGUACCUUACAAUCUGGCGAUGGCACUGUUGAAUCUGUACAUAUGCGUGCAAUUACUGGUAGGAGCGACACAACAGAACUACAGCUACAUCUGUGAGCCAUGCAAGCAAAGCUUCAGUAUACCCGAAAUGAGGAUCGUUGGAGCUGUCUGGUGGUACUACUUCUCGAAGGUAUUGGAGUUUACCGAUACUUUCUUCUUCAUCCUGCGCAAGAAAGACAACCAGCUGACCUUCUUGCACGUGUAUCACCACAGUACGAUGUUCUUCUUUUGGUGGAUCGGCGUCAAAUGGGUCCCGAGCGGAAGCACUUUCCUACCCGCCAUGGUGAACUCAUUCAUUCACGUUCUGAUGUACACGUACUACGGACUUUCCGCUCUGGGACCACAUAUGAACAAAUACCUUUGGUGGAAAAAAUACCUCACAAUCCUACAGCUGAUCCAAUUCACCUUUGCCAUGCUGCUGGGAAUCAACGGCAUCGUCACCGGGUGUGACUUUCCGCUGUGGAUGCACUACACCCUGAUUGGAUACAUGAUUUCGUUCAUCAUCCUGUUCGGCAACUUCUACGCACAGGCCUACCUCAAUGGGCAUCCGAUCAAACAGUUCGAGAUCAAUGCUAACUGUUUAGAUCUGAGAUGUAAGAACAAGAACGAAUAGCGAACGAAGGCCGGUUGCAUUGCCACCAAAUAGUUGCCAGGAGCUAGGAACUAAGUGACAGUUUAGAUGAAAUUAUUGAGUGGAGGUUGCAAUUUUCGAUGUUUAUAAAAUGUUACGAUUAAUUUGUGUAAAAAAUAAAAUGUUUAUGUUAAACAAAGUUGAG